CUUACCUCUCUUGCUUGACUUGCCCUGCUCGUCACAAUGAAGGGCCUCCUCAGCCUCUCGGUGUUGCCAGUCCUGGCAUACGCCUCUCCCAUGAUCGUUGACUCCAUCCAUCAAGAUGCUGCUCCCAUCCUCUCCUCUACCAACGCCAAAGACAUCCCUGAUUCAUACAUAGUCGUCUUCAAGAAGGGUGUCUCUUCCUCUUCGGCUCUAGCUCACCAGACCUGGGUCCAAGAGAUUCACACCUCGACUGAGUCGAAGCGCCUGAAGAAACGCAACCAGUUCACAUUCAAGAACGAAGCUUUUGAUGGCUUGAAACACACGUUCGACAUUGCCGGUGGUCUUCUCGGCUACUCUGGUCACUUUGAUGAAGAGGUUAUCGAGCAAGUCCGCAGACAUCCUGACGUUGAAUACAUUGAACGAGACUCUGAAGUCCGUGCCCUCGAAUCUGUCACUGAGAACGGCGCUCCGUGGGGUCUAGCUCGUAUCUCUCACCGUAAGAGGCUCAACUUCGGCACAUUCAACAAGUACAUAUACGCUGCCCAAGGUGGUGAGGGUGUUGAUGCCUAUGUUAUCGACACCGGUACCAACAUCGAGCACGUUGACUUUGAAGGUCGUGCCAGCUGGGGCAAGACUAUUCCUGAGAAUGAUGACGACAUCGACGGUAACGGCCAUGGAACUCACUGCUCCGGUACUAUUGCUGGCAAGAAGUACGGUGUUGCCAAAAAGGCCCAUGUCCAUGCCGUCAAGGUCUUGAGGACCAGCGGUUCUGGUACUAUGUCUGAUGUCGUCAAGGGUGUUCAAUGGGCCGCCGAAAGUCACCUGAAGCAGGUUGGCGAGACCAAGAAGGGUAACCGAAAGGGCUUCAAGGGAAGUGUUGCUAACAUGAGUUUGGGUGGCGGCAAGUCCGUCACUUUGGACCGUGUUGUUGACCAGGCCGUUGCUGUUGGCAUGCACUUCGCUGUUGCUGCCGGUAACGACAACGCUGAUGCUUGCAACUACUCUCCAGCUGCCUCCCAGAACUCCAUCACCGUCGGUGCCUCAACUCUCACCGAUGAGCGUGCAUACUUCUCCAACUAUGGCAAAUGCACUGACAUCUUCGCCCCUGGCUUGAACAUUCAGUCUACCUGGAUUGGGAGCAAAUACGCCGUGAACACCAUAUCCGGAACUUCCAUGGCCUCUCCACAUAUCUGUGGUCUUUUGGCCUACUUCCUCUCCCUCCAGCCUGCCUCCGACUCCGCUUUCGCUGUUGCUGAGAUCACCCCAGCUGAAAUGAAGGAAAAUAUGAUUUCCAUCGCAUCCAAGAAUGCCCUCACUGACAUCCCAGCUGACACCCCCAACCUCCUCGCAUGGAACGGCGGUGGCUCUGACAACUACAAGGAGAUUGUUGGCGGCAAGGACAAUGCCACUAAGGAACACAUCUCCUCCACCCUCACCGAGAAGCUCGAGCAAUUGGCCGAAGAGGGCCUCACUGCUAUCUACAACGAACUCAAGGACGUCGUCGUUGCAUAG